AUGGCGGAUUUAUUUAUUACCUAUUACACAUCAUUUCAAAAACAUACGAAUUUUAUUUUUAACGAGGGAUUUAAAAAAAACACGUCACGAAAAGUGAAGAAAAAAUAUGGAAAUCUCGGAGAUACUAUAUUAGUGAUUAAUUUAGAAAAAAGUCAUAGAGGUUUAGGAAUCAGCCUUGCAGGUCAUAAAGAUAGAAAUCGAAUGGCCGUUUUCGUAUGCGGUAUCAAUCCAAAUGGUCCAGCAUUUAAAACGGGAGGAAUCAAAGUUGGAGAUGAAAUUUUAGAGGUGAACGGUAUCGUACUCCAGGGAAGAUGUCAUUUAAACGCAUCCGCCAUAAUAAAAGGAUUGCCUGGACCAACGUUCAAGGUCAUCAUACUCCGGAGAGCGUCGGCAUUAGAAGAUUUAGCCGUGAAGCCGAUCACACAAUUUCCAUUAACGUUAGACGAUGAGCAAAAAUAUGCCAAAUUUAAAGGAGUCAAAACGAUCACCAUUAAAAAGGGAAAUCAAAACCUCGGGAUAAUGAUUAUCGAAGGAAAACACGCCGAAGUUGGUCAAGGAAUUUUCAUUUCGGAUAUACAAGAAGGAAGUUCUGCGGAACAGGCUGGUUUAACCGUCGGUGAUAUGAUUCUCGCCGUUAAUAAAGAUACAUUAUUAGGAACCAAUUAUGAUUCGGCGGCGACAUUGCUCAAAAAAACAGAAGGAUUAGUGACGUUGGUUAUUUGCAAUCCCAACAAAGGAAGAGAAGAAGAAAAAACCGUCAUGGGAAGUUUGGAACCCAAAGGAACGGGUGGACAUACUCCGAACAGGAGUCCGACUCCAGUACAAAAAGAACCGGAAAAAUCGAGGUUAAUACCGUUUACCAAUUUGAAACCGUUAAAAUCUUCUUCGUCGCCAUCGAAACAAUUAUUCGACGUCGGGGGAUCCGGUACGAUUAACGAAUCUCAAAUAUCAAAUUUUGUUUUGACGGCUCCGACGACACUCGUACCAACUGCAACGAUAACCCCGAAAACAUCACCCGCAUUAUCGACACGUAAAUGCACGUCAAAUACUAAAAUUCCAGAAGAACCACUUCCGGAUCCAGCAACAUGUCCGAUAAUUCCAGGAAAAGAAAUCCUUAUUGAAAUAAAUAAAGAUAAAUUGGGAUUAGGAUUAAGCAUAAUUGGAGGCUGUGACACUUUGCUUGGAGCCGUGAUAGUUCACGAAAUUUAUCCAGAAAGUGCAGCUGAAAAAGAUGGAAGACUGGAACCGGGAGAUCAAAUUUUAGAAGUUAAUUCUGAGGAUGUAACUAAAAUGCCACAUUCAAAAGUUCUCACGGUCAUGAGACAAACUCAAGCCAAAGUAAAAUUAUUAGUUUAUCGAGAUGAAAAUAUAACCAAAGAAAAUUUACUGCAGACGAUUGAUGUCGAUUUAAUUAAAAAACCUGGAAAAGGUUUGGGUUUAAGCGUGGCAGCAAAAAAAGAAGGAAAACAAGUUUUCAUAUCCGAAAUCGUACAUAAUGGUAUAGCAGAAUUAGAUGGAAGGUUAAUGAAAGGUGAUUACAUAUUAGAAGUCAAUGGUAUAUCAUUGAAAGAAUCAAAUCAAGAAAUUGCUGCAGCCGUAUUAAAAUCGUGUACUGGAAAAGUAGCCAUUAAGGUCGGAAGGAUAACGUGUAAAAAACAUGUUAAUAACAUUAACGGAAGGUAA